AUGUGUGACGAGGUGACAGAUCGCAUGUUUUUCUACGCGACCAUCGGCAUUUUAUUCUGUUAUACACUGUUGUUGAUCGGAUUCUUUAUGGGGUGGUGUACGCUGAUACCUUCUAAAUUCCACUCUCAAAAGGAAUUGCCUUUUGCCUCUAUUAGAUCGCCACGAAGAAAUACACGACUCUCCGGGAUUGAGUCAAUUUCAUCAAGCACUUCCCUAGAGAUUGUUAGAGGACUUACACAAGAACGAUCUGCAAUGCAAAAGAAGUGUUCCCUCCCAGUACCACUUCGUGAAAAUCGUUUAAUUGAUGAUUAUCUACAUCCAAAAUAUUCCCUGCCUCCACGAAAUAUUGAUGUCCUGCAACGAACCUGGGAGUACGACGCAUUCCUCCGGGUUCCGGCCAAACCCAGCCGCUCCGAGUCGAUCCCGUGCGAAGCGCGCAUCGAGCGGCUGCGCCAAAAAGUGUCCGAGUGCCGGAUACAGAUUGAUGAACAUUCGGUGUUAAUU